UGAGUGGCCAGCUUAGCUGUCGUCCGCACUUCUUGUUCUGGGAAAAUUCAGUUGUGUACCGACUGCAGUUGCGAACGGACAAGUCAAACUGGAAAAUGAAAUUCAUCUGGGCCCUGAUUUUGGUGCUCGGCUCCGUUGUAGCAAACGCUGAGCGCGAUAAUUACUGCGAAAGGAACGAGACGAUUCGAGCCACAGUGCCAGUGACCAAACAGCGGGUUAUAGUGAAACAGCCCUCCAAGUGGAAAAUAUGGAAGAAGACUGAGAAGAUCACCGAGAUCUACGAUUCCGAGGAGGAACAAGUCACCCACCGGCUGGUACGAGAGUGCUGUCCCGGCUACUUGCAGGUGGAGUCCGGCUUGUGUGAGCCCAUCUGCAGUCGGGGCUGUCCCGCCCACGCCAGUUGUGCCGCUCCAGAUCGCUGUGAGUGCAUUUCCGGCUACGUGUCGGCCAGAAAUCACCAGGAUGGCAGCCACUACUGUGAACCCAUCUGCGAGACCCCAUGUCCUGCGGGAGCUCAGUGCGUAACGCCCAAUACCUGCGCCUGUCGCGACGGCUACACCCAAUUGCAGCCAACUGACGAUGGUGUGAGUGGUGGAUGUGCCCCAGUUUGCCGGGUGGGCGAUGGCUGUGCCAAUGGCAAGUGCAUCGAUGUGGACCGCUGUGCCUGCAACUCCGGAUAUCGGUGGGAUAAGGCCGAAGAAAGGUGUAUCGAGCUGAGUGCAGAGUCAAUCUCUGAGGAACUGGACACCACCGAGGACAACACUGAUUCGCCGAGCACCAGUUCAACGGCAGCUUUCACGGCCACCCACUGUCCCGAUGACUUCGUCCUUUUCCGCGGCGAAUGCCGCGAGAAGCAAUUCGACAGUAAUGAUGUGGGUUGCCUAAAAUCCGGCUGUGGUCCGCAUCAAACAUGCCUGGACUCCGGUGUAUGUCAGUGCUCGGAUGGCUAUGUGCCGGAGGAGAGUGGCGAAGCAACUGGAGAGCUCAGCUGUCGGCGCACUUUGCUCAAUCAGAUUCUCGGGCUGAAUGAAGCCACCGACGAUGAGGAUGAGCUGAAUCCCUGGACCAUACCAAUCAUUGGUGUGGCCAGUGGAUUCCUGUUCGUUCUGCUCAUUGUGGGUCUCCUCGGUGGUAGACGAUAUCGCCAGGAGCGGGCUGCGUUGGCCAACAAGGAGAUGGAGUGCCAGUAUUCGAAGAAGACAGUGGAUGUGGACGAGUGGGUGCCAUGAGGGGGUCAGGUUCAUCCCUUGGCGUUGGGCUGUGUUAGAUCAACAUUGAUUGUUAAUAUUAAAUCAUUUUUCAUUCGAAAAUAAAGCGUAUCAACUUAAUCAUAA